AUGACGGAGAACGAGAAAGUUGUGGGGAAUGAUGUGAUCCCUCAGUACAUUGGAGUAGACCUUGUUAAAGAAAAAGAAGAAAUAAAGAAACAAAAACUUAGACAAAGUGUGAGAAAUGUUGUGGAGGAAAAAUUCACCAUUGCGACGGUUUCGAGAGACAUAAACGUCAAAAAUCCGAUUAUCCAUGGAACAACCAAAGUCGCAUUUUCCUUAAUUAAUCAUAAAAGAAAAAAUGCGGAAAAUAUAGAAAAACUUGACAUAUUUAGGUAG